GUCACUUGGGACGGACCGAACGAUCAAGCAAACCCCAAGAACUGGUCCUUCAAGCGGAGAUGGCUGGCCACUGGCCUCGUCUCUCUGGUCACCUUCAUGACGCCGAUUGCCUCGUCCAUGAUCGCUCCAUCCGAAGACGCCAUCGCUCGAGACCUCCACAUCGACUCGCAAUUCACCCUGUCGUUGAUCUUCUCCAUCUUCCUCCUCGCCUUCGCCGUCGGUCCCUUCUUCAUCGCUCCCUGCAGCGAGCUAUUCGGUCGUGUCAUUGUCCUCCAGCUGGCAAACGUCUGGUUUCUGAUCUUCAACCUCGUGUGCGGCUUCGCCCAGAAUCAACGCCAAAUGCUUGCAUUCCGCUUCCUGGGAGGACUGGGCGCAUGCGCUCCCCAGACCAUCGGCGGAGGUGUUUUGUCCGACCUGUGGAGGAAUGAAGAACGAGGCAUGGCCACGGCACUCUACACCGUCGCCCCCAUCAUCAGUCCUGCCCUCGGACCCCUCAUCGGAGCAUGGAUCACCGAAAGGACCACGUGGAGAUGGUCCUUCUGGUCCGUCACCAUCUUCGGCGUCUGCGUCCAAAUCCUGAUCGCAUUCACCCUCCACGAGACGUACGCGCCGAGAAUCCUCCAACGGAAAGCCGACACGCUUCGCAAAGAAACCGGCAACCAGAAUUUACGCACUCCAUACGAGCUGGAAGAUCGCCAUUGGAAGAAAAUCUGGACAAACGCUCUGACCCGACCCGUCAUCCUCCUCUUCACCCAACCAAUCGUCAUGUUCCUCGCCGCCUACAUCUCCCUCCUCAACGGCAUCAUCUACCUCAUGCUCUCCACCUUCCCAACCCUCUGGACAAGCCCGGAAUACUACAACGAAUCCAUCGGCAUCGGAGGCCUCAACUACCUCUCCCUCAUGAUCGGCAUGACCGCCGGCGCCCAAAUCACAGGCCACAUUCUCGACCGCAUCUACAAGACCCUUUCCGCUCGCUCCCCCACCCAAAAAGGUCGUCCGGAAUUCCGCAUCCCCAUCAUCUUCCCCGCAACCAUCUUCGUCUCUGGUGGCCUCUUCAUGUACGGCUGGUCCGCAGAGGAACAUACGCAUUGGAUCGUGCCGAACCUCGGCGCUUUGAUUUUCGGUCUGGGCACCGUGGGCGCGAUUGCCGCGCUGCAGAAUUUCACGAUUGAUUGUUAUACCGUCUACGCCGCUUCGGCGGUGGGUUCGACGGCUGUGGCGAGGAGUUUGACGGGCUUUGGAUUCCCCUUGUUUGCGCCGGCCAUGUAUGAUUCGCUGGGCUGGGGCUGGGGGAAUUCGGUUUUGGGCUUUGCGGCGCUUGUUGUGGGACUGUCGGGCGCGAGUGUGCUUUGGUUUUUUGGGGAGGAUCUGAGGAAGAGGAGUCCUUUUGCGGCCAGUACGACCGAUUGAGGGAUGAAAAAGAUCUUUUCGAUGUAGAGUCGUCGGUUUGAUAGAUAAGAGAAAAGGUAAGGUCGAUCCGAAAGGUUUGAUGUUUGCGCGCAUCUCCAUCGAGCUCGUUUCUAUAUACGUC